AUGGCGUAUAAUCGUUUAAACGACGAUUAUUACGAGAGCCAUCCCAUGGAGACGCGUAACCCACGCAGGAGCCCUUCUCCUGCCCAUCCCAUGCAAUCUGGGUACCAACUUGACGACGCGCCCUACGGACACUCCCAUUUGGAUAUGCCCAGUGCUGGUCCUGGUAGAUUUAGCCCUGGUGAUUCGUUACAAAUGCAGACCGCUCAAUCCGUAGACAACUUGGGGGGGUAUGGGGUGAACCCGGAGGCACACCACGAUGCCUACUACAACCAGCCAUAUGAGCCAACGCCCAUGCAGGGCCAGGGGUAUGACGGGGGUGGAGGAUAUUUCCCCGAGGACGACAGACGGCCGAUGUUGACGCACAACGACUCGCAAGUUGGGCAAAACGACCCCUAUCACGACAAGCAGCAGGCGCCAAAAAGUCAAAAUGCGAUCAAGAGGUGGAAGACGGUCAAGCAGGUUCUGUUGUACCGCGGGAACUUGGUUCUUGAUUGCCCAAUUCCUCCAAAGCUGCUGAACCAGCUUCCCCACGGGGAGCGCGAUGAGUUCACCCACAUGAGAUAUACGGCUGCCACCUGCGAUCCUUCGGAUUUCUACAACGAGAACUUCACCCUCCGCCAAAAGCUCUUCAGCAAGCCCAGACAUACCGAGCUGUUCAUUGUGGUCACCAUGUACAACGAAGACGAAAUUCUGUUUGCGCGUACCAUGAUUGGUGUGUUCAAGAACGUCGAGUACAUGUGCAAACGGACUGAGAGCAAGACCUGGGGCAAGGAUGCGUGGAAGAAGAUUGUGGUGUGCGUCGUUAGUGACGGUCGUGCCAAGAUUAACCCAAGGACGAGAGCUUUGCUCGCUGGUAUGGGCGUGUAUCAAGAGGGUAUUGCCAAACAGCAAGUUAACAAUAAGGACGUCACGGCACACAUCUACGAAUACACCACCCAGGUCGGCAUGGCCAUCAAGAACGACGUUGUGCAGCUUAUUCCCAAGCAGCAGCCCGUUCAGAUGCUUUUCUGUCUCAAGGAAAAGAACCAGAAGAAGAUCAACUCUCAUCGUUGGUUCUUUGACGCCUUCGGAAAGGUGCUGGAUCCCAACAUUUGCGUGUUGAUCGACGCUGGUACCAAGCCUGGUGGCAGCUCGAUUUACCAGCUUUGGAAGGCUUUCGACCUUGAGCCCAUGUGCGGUGGUGCCUGCGGCGAGAUCAAGGCUAUGCUAGGCAAGGGUGGAAAGAAUUUGAUCAACCCACUGGUGGCCACGCAAAACUUCGAGUACAAGAUGAGUAACAUAUUGGACAAGCCUCUCGAAUCUGCCUUUGGUUUCAUUUCCGUCUUGCCCGGUGCCUUCUCGGCUUACCGGUACGUUGCGCUGCAAAACGACAAGAACGGUCAGGGGCCGUUGGAGAAGUACUUUGCUGGUGAGAAACUGCACGGCGGUGAUGCUGGUAUUUUCACAGCCAACAUGUACCUCGCCGAAGAUCGUAUUCUGUGCUUCGAGCUUGUCACCAAGCGGAACUGCCACUGGAUUCUUCAGUACGUCAAGUCGGCCACGGGCGAGACUGAUGUGCCAGACACGGUUACCGAGUUGAUUCUCCAGCGUCGUCGCUGGCUUAACGGUUCUUUCUUCGCUGCUAUCUACGCCAUUGUCCACUUCCAUCAGUUCUUCCGGUCCGAUCACUCUAUUUUCCGCAAAUUCUUCUUCUUUAUCGAAUUCAUCUUCAACACCAUCAACAUGAUCUUCGCUUGGUUCGCUAUCGGCAACUUCUUUUUGGUUUUCAAGAUCCUGACGACAAGCUUGGGAGACGAAAAACUAUUGGGUAAAGUGGGCGAAAUCUUGGGUGUGGUGUUCCUCUGGCUGUACGGCGUAUCGCUCAUGACAUGCUUCGUCUUGGCGAUGGGCAACAGGCCAGCUGGUUCCGGGAGAUAUUACAUGGCCAUGGUUAUUUUCUGGGCCAUCAUCUUCAUCUAUCUCAUGUUUGCAGCCGUAUACAUCGCCGUUGACGCCAUCAUUCAAGAUCUGCAAGUUAACAACUUCAGCAUCGAUUCUUUGUUCAAGAACCAGGUCUUCUACACGUUGAUCAUCUCGGUUCUGUCGACGUACGGUCUUUGGUUCAUCGCCUCGCUCAUGAUGUUCGACCCCUGGCACAUGUUCACCUCGUUGAUUCAGUAUAUGUUGCUCUCUCCCACCUACACCAACGUCCUGAACGUGUACGCCUUUUGCAACACGCACGACAUCUCGUGGGGUACCAAGGGUGACGACAAGCCGGAUGCUUUGCCCACAGUCAGCACCAAGGACGGCCAGGGUAAGACUGAUUUGCCUGAUGAGGGCGAUCUCAACGCGCAGUACGAGAGGGAAAUGCAAGUCUUUAGCCGCAAGCCCGUCAAGGAGGUCAAGGCCCCAACACCGGCUCAGCUCGAGGAGAAGCAGAUGGAUUACUACAGAGGCGUCAGGACGGUGGUCGUGUUGAUUUGGAUGUUGAUGAACUUUGCCCUGGUCGCUGUCGUGCUGAGCACGGGCGGUCUGGACAGAGUUGUGGAGGACGAUUCGGGGAGAACCGAGGAGGAGUCCAAGGCCCACAAGGCCAACAUUUACCUGCAGGUGGUGUUGUGGAGUGUGGCUGGUUUGAGUGCGUUCAAGUUUAUUGGCGCGUUGUGGUUCUUGAUUGUGAGGAUGUUUAGGGGUGUCUAA